UGGUAAAAGGAAAAAUUAGCUCUUCUCUCUGAAACUGCAAGUAUACUUUACUUGGACCAGAGAAAAAAAAAUCCACAAAAAUUAAAAAAUGUCAUGGCUAGCAAGGUCCAUUGCCAACACUCUCAAGCUCGACGACAACGACGGCGGCGGCGACGGACACAGCCACGAAAACGAUCUGAACAGUAACGAUAAGGAACAGCUCAAUAAUCCGUCCGCUACUGAGUCAAAAUCUCCUCGCGGCGGCGUCAAAGAAGACCUCUCCGAGCUAUCCAAAACCCUAACUCGUCAAUUCUGGGGCGUCGCUUCAUUUCUCGCUCCACCGCCUCCUGCAUCUGACGAUCCUAAGAAGGAUCUCCUCCUGCCGUCCGAUCCGAGGAAGGGGAUUGAUGAAUCGAACGACGACGAGGAUUUAAUUUCGGGGAUUCGCAGCGACUUUGCUGAGAUUGGCGGGAGAUUUAGGUCUGGAAUCUCGAAAUUAUCGACGAAUGUAAAUGUAUCGGAAAUCACUAAGAUCGCAACUAAUUUUCUACAGAUUGGAUCGGAAAGUGAUAUUAAUGACCGUGAUUUGAUCGGGAAUGUUGUCGGUGUUACUGAAGAAGUUAUUGCCUUUGCUAGAGAUAUCGCCGGCCAUCCGGAAACUUGGCUUGACUUUCCGGUCCCUGAUGAUGAUGAUUUUGAUGAUUUGGACAUGUCUGAUACACAACAAGAGCAUGCUUUGGCUGUUGAACAGCUUUCGCCGAGGUUAGCUGCGCUCCGGUAUGAACUUUGCCCGGAAUAUAUGAGUGAGGCCUGCUUUUGGAAGAUUUACUUUGUUCUUUUGCACCCAAGACUCAGUAAAGAGGAUGCUCUUUUGCUUUCUACUCCACAGGUGAUGGAAGCAAGAGCAAUGUUGUCACAUGAGUUGCAGAGGCAAGUUAAGCCAACCAAAGCAGGUUGGUCGGAUUUCGAUAGUACAAAAGAAAGUGCUGACUUGCCACAUCAGCAGUCUCUUUCAGUGCCAUCUCGUCUUGAGUUUGAAUCAGUACCUCUAAAGACAUCUAUUAUGGCCAAGACUUCAGGCAAUGCAGCGGUCCCUUCUGUUUUUGUAGAUGAACAGGAAACAGAAAAGCACCCGGUUCAGAGUAAGGAGAUACAAAUUGUUGACAAAGCUGUAGUUCAGGAAGAACCAGUUUCCCUCACCAAGGACCCAUCCAGCUCCACCUCCACCUCCAAAAUUCCUGAUGAGAAUUGUGAGGAUGAUGCUGACGAUUGGUUGAAAGAAGAAAGUUCGGAGAUGGUAGGCAGCAGUGGAACUACAAUUCAUAUUGAAAAUGACGAAGAUGUUUCAUUUAGUGAUCUUGAAGAGGAUGAUGAAGAGGUGCCAAUAAGUUAUAAGAAAGUAACAUCAGACCGCUCUGAUUCUUCACCUAAAGACCCACGAGACUGGGUUCAGUUAAGCAAAAGCUCCAGCGAUUCUGUUAAGGAUAUUGAUUUUAUCUCCAAGAAACACGAGCAGGUAAGUGCUUACAACUCUGAUUCUAAGGAGUCCAAUGAUUGGCUUGAUGUUGAUGAUAUUGAUGCAAUGUGAUGAAUCCAAAUAAAAAUACCUUUGGCAGCUUUAUGUGUUUUCCUUCUUUACAUAACCUCUGUGUAUAGCUUGUUUAUGGUUUCCGCAGUCAACCCUAGGCCCCGGAAACUAUAUGUACAUAAACCUCAAUCUUAAAUUGGAUUGAUUUCUCUUAUAAUGUAAUGAUAUUCAAUGUCCAAUCAAAAUAUCCCAGUUUCUUUUUAA